GCUUUGGUCACAGCGUUCAACUUCAAAGCUCGGCAUCAGUUGUCUAAUACGGCUUUCGAUGAACUGUUAAAGAUUUUGGGACAAUUGCUCCCAAAAAAAAAUGAAAUGCCGUCAUCGAUGUAUGAGGCAUCGAAGACCAUGGAUACAUUAGGGAUGGAAUAUGAGAAAAUACAUGCAUGUCCUUCAGACUGCAUACUCUAUCGGAAGGAGUACAAAGAUGUAACUACAUGUCCUACAUGAAAAAGGUCAAGAUGGAAGUUAAAGAAAAAUUCAACUGAAGUAAGAGAAUGUGUCCCAGCAAAAGUUGUAUGGUAUUUUCCACUGAUCCCGAGGUUCCUAAGGAUGUAUCAGUUACCAGAAACAGCAAAGAACUUAGCAUGGCAUGCUAAUGAAAGAGAGUCCGAUGGAAAACUACGUCACCCAGCAAACUCCCCAGCAUGGAAGUUAGUAGACCACAUGUGGCCAGAUUUUGGUGCAGAGCCAAGAAACCUUCGGCUAGCUAUUUCUGCCGAUGGUAUAAACCCACAUAGUUCUCUUAGCAGUCGGUAUAGUUGUUGGCCAGUUGUAAUGGUUAACUAUAAUCUUCCACCAUGGUUGUGCAUGAAGAGGAAAUUCAUGAUGUUAACUUUGUUGAUAUCAGGUCCACAACAACCUGGUAAUGACAUCGAUGUUUUUUUAGCACCUCUAAUUGAUGAUUUGAAACUAUUAUGGGAUGUAGGGGUUGAGGCUUACGAUGCUUACCGACAACAACAUUUCAAUUUGAGGGUUGUACUGCUUUGGACAAUUAAUGAUUUUCCUGCAUAUGGAAAUUUGAGUGGUUGCAAGGUUAAAGGGUAUGGUGCGUGUCCAAUUUGCAGCGAAGGAACUUGCUCUCGUAGAUUAAAACAUGGUAAGAAGAAUAUUUAUGUGGGACAUAGAAAAUUUCUUCCAAUAAACCAUUCAUAUCGAAGGUUAAAGAAGGCAUUUGAUGGCAAACAGGAGUUGGGAUUGGCUCCAUCGCCAUUAAGUGGAGAGGAGGUAUUAAGAAAGGUGCAAGGCAUUAAACUCAUAUGGGGAAAGAAAAAAAAAACAAAUCAGCAGGUGUUGGUCAUAAAAGUUGUUGGAAGAAGAAGUCCAUAUUCUUUGAUCUUGAGUAUUGGAAGUACUUGCUUAUCCGACACAUAUUGGAUGUUAUGCACAUUGAGAAGAAUGUGUGUGAGAGUAUCAUUGGUACGUUGUUUAACAUUCCGGGCAAAACAAAGAAUGGAAUUAAUGCUCGUCUUGAUCUUGUGGAGAAGGGUUUACGACAAGAGUUGGCACCACAGAUUGGAGAGAAGCGGACACACUUGCCGCCAGCAUGCUAUACACUAUCAAAUGUGGAGAAAAGAAGACUUUGCACAACACUGUCGGAGCUCAAGGUCCCCGAAGGAUAUUCUUCAAAUUUAAGAAAUUGCGUCAAUAUGGAUGAUUUGAAACUCUAUGGCAUGAAGUCACAUGAUUGUCACGUACUAAUGCAACAGUAUUGCCUGUGGCAAUACGUUCUGUGUUGCCUAAAGAAGUGAGAUAUGCCACUACAAGAUUAUGCUUCUUUUUCAAUGCUAUCUGUGACAAGGUUGUUGAUGUGGCAAAGUUGGACAAAAUUCAAUCCGAUAUACUAAUCACAUUGUGUUUGCUUGAAAAGUACUUUCCACCAUCCUUCUUUGAUAUCAUGAUUCAUUUGACAGUGCAUCUUGUUAGAAAAGUACGACUAUGUGGACCUGUUCAUUUUCGAUGGAUGUACCCAUUUGAGAGGUUCAUGAAAGUUUUAAAGGGUUGUGUUCGUAAUCGUAAUUGUCCAGAGGGUUGUAUGGCUGAAAGUUACAUUGCAGAAGAAGCAGUUGAGUUUUGCGCAGAUAACUUAUCUAGAGUCGAUCCAAUUGGAGUUCCUGUUGCUAGGAACAUGACUUCUGAUGGUUUGGAAAUCGAAAGGCCCUUACCAGGUGGUUAUGUUGUUGCCGUCGGUCAUGAAGAAUUGGAAUAAGCAUAUCGUUAUGUGUUAGAAAACAGCAGUGAAGUUGAACCUUACAUUGUGGAGCAUAUGGCUUAGUUGAAGGUACAAUAUCCUCGCCAAGCAAAAAGUCCAAAAUGGUUACAAGUUGAACACAAUAGAACAUUCAUAGAUUGGAUACAUUAUAAGGUAA